UGGGCCGCAGGGACGGGGAGUGGCGGAGGGGGAGGGAGGAAGUGGAGGCCCGGCCCUUCCUCCCCUCCCCCCGCUCCGCACUUCCCGUCCUUUGUUUCCAAACACCGCGAGGCCUAGCGGCGGCCUACACAGCCUGGGACUGGAGUGAGUCAGCGAAGCCUGUGCUGGUGACUGGCCUGGUCUUUGUCGGUGGGGACGUUAGAGAGGGACUCUUUGUUUUUUCUUUGGGAAGAGAAGAGGGUGGGAGGAAACGCUGUUUUUCUUUUGUAGCGGGCGGCGCUUCACCUCUUUGUUUGAAUUCAAGCCCCAUGUGGACUCGCCAUUGAAGGCGGUGUUUGUUGGAAAAGCCGCUCCGCCGCAAAGAGGGGCAGGCAACUGGAGCUCUGAUUCACUCCCUGCAACCCGGGCACCUCUCUAUAUUCAAUAGAGGCCGCUGGCUCCUUGUUCAAUAAAGUCUCACCCUUCAUUGAUGAGCAUUGUGCAAGGAACAGACCAAGCCAGAAGAUUCAGGCCCUCGGAGACUACAACUAAAUUGUUGAUCCACUGUUGUCAGAAUGUACUCUGGUAUCGAGUACCAAUUUUAGCUGAACUUAUCAAUAAGCAGAGUGAAACAAAGAAAGUUCUGUAAUGGAGUCAGGACAGGAUCAGACUGAUGGCUUGCAAAACAGAAAGGAUGACUUAAUUAAUUUCAGCAUCCCUGUGGAUUAUCAGAUUGAUUGCUCAAGAAAUCAGAGAGAGGGGCUGCAGGCGAAUGAUUCUCUAGAACUAUUGCACAGUGGGACCAUGGAUACACAAUACAGUUUGUGUACUAAAAACGUAGCUGAAGACCUGGAGACCAAUACAGGGUCUACUGUACCACAGACUGAUAAGGUACACUUGGAUGAUGCCAUUUCCAGUACUACAGUUACAGUCUCUUAUGUCAAUCGACCCCACCUGUUCUCUUCCCAACGGAUAUUGCAGCAUUCCUUGCAUGAGCAGCCAUUGGCAUCACUCUUUAUUCCAUCUGUUUGCGUACAGUCUCAGCAGAUGGUGCCAGUCUCAUUAGAAUCAUCCAUACCGACCAAUUUUGUUGACUCGUCAUUUGAAAGCUCUGUGUUGGCACAGUCUGAUGAUCUGGAGCCCAUUAGAAGAGGCCUUGAAAAUGGAAUUGACUGUAAUAUUAUGAACCAACACAGCCUGAAGGUGCUGGACUUAGAUUUACCAUUGGCCUCUUCUGCAGUUCAUGAACCUGGAUCAUGUGAUAGUCCACUCGAACAGGCAUUAGAUACUGCAGAGGAAACCUUGUAUGAACAGUCAAGUGUUUCAUCUGAUUUGGAAUCACAUGACCCUGUGUGCCAGUUUUCUGGAGAAAUACGUCAGGGAGAUGAAUGGCAGAAUAUUGUAAGUCCUGCUAAAACUGAUGUUCAAGACUCUGAAAUGAUUGUAAUAGAACUGACUCGGCCUUCAGUGUCAGAGAAUAGACCAAACAGAAACCUGCUUGGUAGAGUGGAACUCUGUGAAACACAAAAUGGCACUGGUGUCUUCACUGAUGUUGAAAACUUGAAUAACCAGUAUACAGAGGUUGAGCCUGAGCCUGUUUGUGAUUUGAGCAGGGGUUGCAAAGAGCAGACAAAGAUGGAAAAUAUCAAUGAAUGUUCAGAGGUUGCAGUAUCAGCUGAACCUGAAGAAAGCCUCAGUGAGGAGACAUCCAAUAAAACAUGUCCAAUCGACUUAACAGAAGGGGAGCAUAAUGUUUCCACAGUUUGUGACACAAGUGGACUAGCUGUAAAUUCCAUGAAAAUGUCACCAAGUUUAGUAAGACUAGAUGAUUGCCAGAGAGCCUAUGUGGAAAGUGUCAGGACCAAUGUGUCAAGUUAUGAGGAGGCAGCCAAUGUAUAUGAUGUGCUACAAAAUUCUGAAGAAACAAUGCUUAGCACAAGCGGUACUACGGACCUUCACCAUUUUCAAGUAACAGAUAUCCUUUCAGAACAGGAUGUGAAAACUGGAGAGUGGUCUUGUGACCAAGAAGUAGCUUUUGCAUCUGACCUAAAGAACAGAAAAAGACAUCAUUCAGCGAGCAAUGCUGAAAGCACUCAAACUAACAAUCUCAUGGAAAUCAAUUGCAACUCACCAGACAGUACGAUUUCUCCAAGUAAUGGCGAUCUGACACCAAAUCUUAAAGUAACCGAACAGUCCCUGAGUAGUGAUGAUAGCUGCAUGGAGGUGGAAAACCAGAUUUCUCUCAGUGAUCCAAAUGGUGCCCUGUCUGCAACCAAAUUGAAUUUGAAGGAGAUCCCUGAAUCAGAACAGGUUGUUAACAAUGUGUGUGAGGACAGCAGAAGUUCAGCUUCAUUGAGCGAGCAGAUGUUUCCUUCUUUGCAGAAGCCAUCAGUUUCAGAAAGUAGCCAUCCCAGGAUAAAGCCUUGCUCCCUUGAAUUGCAUAAACUAAACGUUCUUGAAACUGAGGGGAAGUGUGACGUUCGAGGAUAUGUGUUAGACCUGAAAAAAAAUAAUGUUGCAUCAAUGGCGUGCAGCAUUUCUAUGAGUCUUUCUUUAGCCAAGCCUGGAAAAGUUGUUGAGGACGGAGAAGAGGCAGAGCCUGUUGAGAACUACGAAAAAAGUGACCAGAGCUCCAGCACUGACAAUGUUUGCGAAUUUUUGUCUGUUCGGGAAGGACCACAAAUUCUUAACAGGCGAAAGCUAGCCUUGGUGGCCAAGCCUGAUGACAGUGAUGUAGUCUGCAUUUCUGAAGAGGAGGAUGAUAGUAGUUUAGUUACAAAAACUGAUGUGCACCGGAAUCAGGUUCAAAUUCACGAGAAUAGGAAAUGGAGGACAGCAAGUCAACAACAUCUGAAUCAGAAGAAACUUGCAGAUCAACUUCUACAAAAUGACAACAACGUUGAGCCCAAGCAUUUUGAAAGGAAGAUUCUUCCACCAAGGCAAAGAGGAAUGAGGCUGGAGCAGAUUGUGCAAAAUAUUGUCACUCAGCCUAAGUCAAGAACAUCAAGCCUCAGUGAAAGACUGCGAAGAAGCAGGGAUACACGGACUCCUACCAGGUUUCAACCACCAAGGUACAAAUCCUGCAGUUCUACAACAGAACAAAAGUCCAAGGGUAGUGCUGUGUGCUCUCCCUGCAUCAGGGAUUCUGUACAAACAAUGACUUUGGAAUACAAAAUACAAGAACAUAAUGAGGCUAACCAAGGAGAAACAAGUACAGUAACUAUGGAGAAACUGAACAAAAAUAAAUCUACCUCAAUUCCAGGCUCUUGCCAGGGACAUGCAACAAAAUUGAGCACUCCUAUUUCCCCUACCGCAUCUUUAUGCAGUGCCUCUUCAUCUUCAAAGCAGUUGACAGAGAUCUCCCGGAAGGGCCAUCCUUCAGGCAGUAAGCAAGAGUUUGGUAAAAGUGACCUCAAGUGUUUAAACAGGAGGAAAAGAAAGCAGCUAGAAAGCACUAAGAAUGCCUUGCAGCCAAAGAACUGUUUGUCUUCCCGACAGCGAUCUACGCAGCAGAGGACAAGGGGCACGGCGAGAAAGAGAAUACGCAAACCAGCGGGUAAAAAGCGGCAAACACGACGGCGCCAGCCCUCGUCAUUCUUUGCACCUGAAGAGCCUGAGAUAAAGCUAAGAGCAUUGUCUCUUAAGGCUGAGGACCGACGAGAUAGAUACGAUAGUUUUUCACCUUACAUUCGGGUAGAGACAAAAGGUUAUUCAACGUGUACUGUAGUAAACUAUGCUGAGGAGGAUAGUAACAAUCUUAAACAAAAGAAACAUUCCCAACAGCAGUCGCAUGGUGCAGUUCCAAAAUCAUCUUGCUUGACGUUGGGUCCUACAAUUAAUGAGGCCUCUCACAAAAGCUUUCUAAUCUGUUGUCUUUGUGGCCAGUCUGCAAAUGCGAUGGAACAAGGUGAUCUUUUUGGACCUUUCUAUCCCAGAGGAUAUACACCUUCAAGUAGCCAAACUGCCCACUCAAAAGAUACUAAGACUGAACAAGCUAGCACAGUUGUUUCUAGCCCUAGUUGUAAUCCUGUUAGGAAUACAGUAAGUAAAACUCCAGGACAAAAUCAGGAGCCUAGAACAAGGGAAGGUACAACAACCCGUGGCCAGAAACGCAGAGGUUUGGACAGUGUUGAAGAAACCACAAAAUGUUCUGAUAGUAAGAAGCCCAAGAGUGAAUUGUCUUUGGAAGAGUGGUACCAGCCUCCAUUGGUCCCAAUGGACAGUAACGAAUACUGGAUGCAUGAAGACUGUGUGACGUGGUGCGCUGGUGUAUUUCUUGUAAGAGGGAAGCUGUAUGGUUUGCUGGAAGCCAUUAGUGUUGCACAGGAGACGGUAAGUAAGAUGAGACAUUGUUGUUUAUUAUACAGAUGUUAGCCAGCUUUAAUCCCU